AUGUACAUCCUAGCGGCCCUCAUCCUCUCAGGUGUCGGUGCCCUCGUAUCUGGGCUGGGAACUGACUCUCCGCCAUGCCGUUUCGCCACUGCAGAGUCUCAGAACUCUGUCCUCAAUCAGCCUGACCGCUUCGCAUGGGAUCUUCUGUAUUGGGAGGGGCAGUUUCAUCAGAAUAACGUCUCGUACAGCACGGAAAAUGGAAUGUCAUUCGACGGCACACUGUUGGACCCACAUAGCGGAAUUGCCACUGUCAAGCACCCAUUCAGCGCCGCCAGCAAAGAGGCGUUGCAAGUUAUGGUUUACACUCAUGCCAUCGCCGGUGAUAAGCGAGCCGCAAGGUUCCUCUCUCCAUUGGUCCCAGAGCUGGCGCCUCAGAUCGCGUUAGAUAUUCUCUCCAAGAAACUCGCAUCAUGUCAGGAAUUUAACAGCACAUUUCCUGGGUUUGGUGGGUUUCUCCCAUGGUUCACCCAUGGUGACGUGCCGUUGCAACCUACGUGGGAUUGGGUGAACCGUGUUCCUGCUCUUGACAAUGGAGAAUUCAUUUGGGCUAUAUAUAGUGCUAUCGAAGCACUCAACGCUCGAGGAGAUCAUCAGUCUCGGACUCUUGCUUCCGGGUGGCAAACGUACCUCAAUUAUAUAUUCUAUGCAGGCAACGGCCGAGUGUGCGCAGUUGUGACCAUCGGGAAUCAAUCUCUUCCUGUCAACCAUCCAUCUCAGAAGUACACAUGCGAGGGGAGUGGCUUACUCGACGACCCUUACGAAGGCGAACUGUUUACUUGGUUCCUUCAUUUCUUCGGGGGACUAGGGUCUUCCGAUAGGAAUCAAUUAUGGGAGGUCAAAAGGCCGCAAUUGGCCGCGGUCAAUUAUCAGUCUGAGGUUUACGAAAAUAUCACCGUCCAAAAAGGCUUUUGGUUUUCCAGCCACGAAAAUUGGAAGUUUAUGGAGAUGCCAUACCUUGAUAUCCCCUUGGUGCGGCGGGUGUAUAUGAACAAUGAGAGAGCCCGCACAUGCAACUCGAAGCUCACACGAAAUCCCGGCAUGUUCGCCAGCGUUAACAACGUGACAGACGCCUCUGGAGAAAUCACUGGCUACAUUUCCAACACCGGCAUACCCUCCAUUUCUCGGCUUCCUGACCAAGAGCUAGAUGUAAUCACCCCCUACUCCGUCUUUCCGGUGAUGCUUGUGGACCCUGCGAUUGGACUUGUUUGGUGGAAAAAUAUGGUGGAAGGGAAAAUGAUGCAAAAUCCGUACGGAAGCACAGAAUCCACGCGCAUAGACGGCACUGCUGUAUCGUCUUUUGUAAGCUGGGAUUCCAAGAUUACAACGGUAAAUGCUCUGCUUGGGGGUGUGCAGUCGUUCGUCGCCCGAAAAAUGAAACGUGACGGAGUAUACGGUGAAUUCAUCUCGAUUACACGGAUGGAAUAUUCUCGAGUAUUUACUAAUCUAUCUGGCGAGGACGUCGCACUCUGCUUGCCUGAUACCAGAGUUCCAGACGGUGGUCUGGUGGAUUAUACUUCAUGUUCGUAG